GAAGUCUCAAGCUUUAUUGUUCACAAAUACCAAACCAACAAGGACAGAUGAUGACAGAAUGAUAUUAUGAAAUUUCAAAUUUCUGACAUUUGAAUCUCCUUCGGCCCCUGAUUAAAUUCAAGAUCGUGAGGGAGUAUAUUGCUUCAGGAUGACAUGGGUGAGGAUUGAGCAGCCAUUUGAUGAAGUCUAGUGUUGCAACAGCCAGAAUACAAAGCUUGUUAUUGUAGCAACUUCAGAUUCUCUUUGGAAACAUCAUGUCUCUCAGUACAUAUCUGUUGGUGAAGUAUGUCAGGAAACGAAUAGCAGCAAGGAGAAUACAAGAACAAAAUGACAUUGUUUCACCCGUAUUGGAAACAAGAAAUCUUUUGCCAUAUGCAAACGAGCUUACAAUUGUCAUGGAGGAUGGCAGUGGCCUAGACUCACCAUUAUUUGAUUUUAACAUGAUAAUAGCAGCAACAAACAACUUUAGCAAGGAAAAUAAGCUUGGAGAGGGAGGAUUUGGUCCAGUUUACAAGGGAAAGCUUCCAGGCGGUCAAGAAAUAGCAGUGAAGAGGCUAUCCAAGAGGUCUGGGCAGGGCUUAAAGGAAUUCAAGAAUGAGGUGGAACUGAUAUCCAAGCUCCAACACAGGAACCUAGUUAGGCUUCUGGGUUGCUGCAUAUAUGGAGAUGAGAAGCUUUUGAUCUAUGAGUUCAUGCCCAACAAGAGCUUGGAUGCCUUUCUCUUCGAUGCAACCAGGAAAGUUCUAUUAGACUGGAAAAGCCGCUGCAACAUUGUUGAAGGGAUUGCUCGGGGGCUGCUGUACCUUCACAGAGAUUCUAGAUUAAGGAUCAUUCACCGAGAUCUGAAAGCGAGCAAUGUUCUAUUAGACGAACAAUUUCAUCCCAGAAUAUCUGACUUUGGCAUGGCACGGAUUUUUGGUAGAGAUCAAAGUUUAGAAAGGACGGAUAGAGUUGUUGGAACAAUUGGCUACAUGUCCCCUGAGUAUGCCAUGGAAGGGCAGAUUUCGGAGAAAUCCGAUGUCUUCAGCUUUGGUGUUUUGCUUUUAGAAGUUGUGAGUGGUAAGAGGAACAAUCAUUUUGUCGACAACGAGAAAGGUCUGAACCUCUUGGGAUAUGCAUGGACACUGUGGAAGGAAAACAGAGUCCUCGAGUUGAUCGAUCCAUCAUUGGGUGACUCAUGGUCUUACUCAGAAGUGCUCAGGAUCAUUAAAGUGGGGCUCUUAUGUGUGCAAGAAUUCCCAACAGACAGGCCAUCCAUGUCUUUGGUAGUGUCUAUGCUUACAAGUGAUGCGAAUGUUCCAGUUCCAAAACAGGCUGCAUUCUUUGGAAGGAGAAGUCACUCAGAUUCCAUUUCAUCAACCGAAAGCAAGGAGACAUGGUCAGCAAAUGGUCUCACUAUUACCAAACUAGAGUGCAGAUAAUGCGUGAACGUGACACAAAUCCACCAACUUCUUGUUAUCUUAUUGCAGAUAUGGUGCAUUCAAAGUUUAGCAACGAUGAAUACAUUUGGACUGAGAUAAAAAUGUUUGCUGCAAUGGUGUGUGUUAUUUCCAGUGUGGGAAGAAUGCAGGUAAGAGUCUGGUCUGAAGAAUAAAAUUUAUGACCAUUAUCUUCUCCACCUUUAUUAAUUUUUGACAGAUGUCAAAUGUGACCUGAUGAUAUGCUAUUCUCUAAUUUGUACUGGUCUCAACCCACUAUGCAAGACUAAGAACUGCAUGUUUUGUUGCAACAUGACUCGAUAAAAGUUGCAUUCGCACCAGGAAA